UGGAGCGCCGCGAGCGAGCGGUGCAGCAGGGACGGCGGGCGACUCGGGCAGUGACCGUGGCGGCAGCGGUCGCCCCGCCGUGGGAGGCUAUGGGGACGCGCGCAUCCUCUGGGUGCCCAGCGCGCGGCGGCUCGGAGCGCCCUGCCCUGCUGCUGUAGGGAGCGGCCGUGGAGCAGUCACUCGCCGAAGACCCCCGGGACCCACUUGCUUCGGCCCCUGGCUCGCCGUGCCUCUCCCGGGCUCCCGGGGCGCGGAAGAGAAUCCGUACUCCCGAGCGGGGCAAGCAGCAUGGGGAGAGCGGCCGCCGCAAGAGGAGGCGCUGGAGGGGCGCGCCGGUGGCUCCCUUGGCUGGGGCUCUGCUUCUGGGCGGCGGGGGCUGCGACUGCCCGAGGAACUGACAAUGGCGAAGUCCUCCCUGAAUCCAUCCCAUCAGCUCCUGGGACACUGCCUCAUUUCGUAGAGGAGCCGGACGAUGCUUAUAUCAUCAAGAGCAACCCCAUUUCACUGAGGUGCAAAGCAAGGCCAGCCAUGCAGAUAUUCUUCAAAUGCAAUGGCGAAUGGGUCCAUCAAAAUGAGCAUGUCUCUGAGGAGAGUCUGGACGAGAGUUCAGGCUUGAAGGUCCGGGAGGUGUUUAUCAACGUCACCAGGCAGCAGGUAGAAGACUUCCACGGGCCCGAGGACUAUUGGUGCCAGUGCGUCGCCUGGAGCCACCUGGGGACCUCCAAGAGCAGGAAGGCCUCCGUGCGCAUAGCCUAUUUACGGAAAAACUUCGAGCAAGACCCGCAGGGAAGGGAGGUUCCCAUCGAAGGCAUGAUCGUGCUACACUGCCGCCCGCCUGAGGGAGUUCCUACUGCCGAGGUGGAAUGGCUGAAAAACGAGGAGCCCAUUGACUCUGAACAAGAUGAGAACAUUGACACCAGGGCAGACCACAACCUCAUCAUCCGGCAGGCGCGGCUCUCGGACUCCGGAAAUUAUACGUGCAUGGCGGCCAACAUCGUAGCCAAGAGGAGGAGCCUGUCAGCCACAGUGGUGGUUUAUGUGAAUGGAGGCUGGUCUUCCUGGACAGCGUGGUCAGCCUGCAAUGUUCGCUGUGGUAGAGGAUGGCAGAAACGGUCCCGGACCUGCACCAACCCAGCUCCUCUCAAUGGUGGAGCCUUUUGUGAGGGAAUGUCAGUGCAGAAAAUAACCUGCACUUCUCUUUGUCCUGUGGACGGGAGCUGGGAGGUGUGGGGUGAGUGGUCAGUCUGCAGCCCAGAGUGCGAGCAUCUGCGGAUCCGAGAGUGCACAGCCCCGGCCCCAAGAAACGGGGGCAAAUUCUGCGAAGGCCUAAGCCAGGAAUCCGAGAACUGCACAGAUGGUCUCUGCAUUCUAGAUAAAAAACCUCUUCAUGAAAUAAAACCCCAAAGCAUUGAGAAUGCCAGCGACAUCGCUUUGUACUCAGGCUUGGGCGCUGCGGUCGUGGCCGUCACGGUCCUGGUCGUCGGCAUCACGCUUUACAGACGGAGCCAGAGUGACUACGGCGUGGACGUCAUCGACUCUUCUGCAUUGACAGGUGGCUUCCAGACCUUCAACUUCAAAACAGUCCGUCAAGGUAACUCCCUGCUCUUGAAUUCCUCCAUGCAACCAGACCUAACAGUAAGCCGAACAUACAGUGGGCCCAUCUGUCUACAGGACCCCCUGGACAAGGAACUCAUGACGGAGUCCUCACUCUUUAACCCUUUGUCGGACAUCAAAGUCAAAGUGCAGAGCUCAUUCAUGGUUUCCCUGGGAGUGUCUGAGAGAGCUGAGUACCACGGCAAGAAUCAUUCCGGGACUUUUCCCCAUGGAAACAACCGCAGCUUCACUACAGUGCAUCCCAGAAAUAAAACAUCCUACAUCCAAAAUCUGUCAUCACUUCCUACAAGGACAGAACUGAGGACCACUGGUGUCUUUGGCCAUUUAGGAGGACGCUUAGUCAUGCCAAAUACAGGGGUGAGUUUACUGAUACCACAUGGUGCCAUCCCGGAGGAGAAUUCUUGGGAGAUUUACAUGUCCAUCAACCAAGGUGAACCCAGCCUCCAGUCAGAUGGAUCUGAGGUACUCCUGAGUCCGGAAGUCACCUGUGGUCCCCCCGACAUGACUGUCACCACUCCCUUUGCCCUGACCAUACCCCACUGUGCAGACGUCAGUUCUGAGCACUGGAAUAUCCAUUUAAAGAAGAGGACCCAGCAGGGCAAGUGGGAGGAAGUGAUGUCGGUAGAGGAUGAAUCCACAUCCUGUUACUGCCUUUUGGACCCCUUUGCGUGCCACGUGCUCUUAGACAGCUUCGGGACAUACGCCCUCACUGGAGAACCAAUCACAGACUGUGCCGUGAAGCAGCUCAAGGUUGCGGUUUUUGGCUGCAUGUCCUGUAACUCUCUGGACUACAACUUGAGGGUCUACUGUGUGGACAAUACCCCUUGUGCAUUUCAGGAAGUGGUUUCAGAUGAAAGGCAUCAAGGCGGACAACUCCUUGAAGAACCAAAGUUGCUGCAUUUCAAAGGGAAUACCUUUAGUCUGCAGAUCUCUGUCCUUGAUAUCCCCCCAUUCCUCUGGAGAAUUAAACCAUUCACUGCAUGCCAGGAAGUCCCAUUCUCCCGCGUGUGGUGCGGUAACCGGCAGCCCCUGCACUGUGCCUUCUCCCUGGAACGCUACACGCCCACCACCACCCAGCUGUCCUGCAAAAUCUGCAUCCGGCAGCUCAAAGGCCAUGAACAGAUCCUCCAAGUGCAGACGUCAAUCCUCGAGAAUGAAAGAGAGACUAUCACUUUCUUCGCACAAGAGGACAGCACUUUCCCUGCACAGACUGGCCCCAAAGCCUUCAAAAUUCCCUACUCCAUCAGACAGCGGAUUUGUGCUACAUUUGACACACCCAAUGCCAAAGGCAAAGACUGGCAGAUGUUAGCACAGAAAAACAGCAUCAACAGGAAUUUAUCUUAUUUUGCUACACAAAGUAGCCCAUCUGCUGUCAUUUUGAACCUGUGGGAAGCUCGUCAUCAGCAUGAUGGUGACCUUGACUCCCUGGCCUGUGCCCUUGAAGAGAUUGGGAGGACACACACGAAACUCUCGAACAUUAAGGAAUCCCAGCUCGAUGAAGCCGACUUCAGCUACAGCAGGCAAAAUGGACUCUAGUCCAUUUCCUCUCAUGAGAGAGUGAUGGCCAACUUCGGGACAUUUGCUUUACAGGGGAAAGAAAGAGGCGGCUUUCUGCCCAGUGGCAUUUGGGGAAUUCAGCCUUCAAAUACAAUCAGUGAGCAUCCCUGAUUGAAGAAACUGCAUUUUAUAUAGGUAAAAUAUGUUAAUAGGGAAAAGUACAAGCUCUCUUAAAUAUAUGUGUCUCCUCUGAAGCCACACUCCGGUUCACAGUAGAGGAACUUCUCAGAUUUGGAGUGGCAAGGAUAAAAGCGAGGGCGUAUCUAGAUAGAAGUAACUGUGGGACAAGAUGAGCUACAGCAAAGCUGGGAAGGCAGAGGUUGAAUAAGUGCAUGUUUUGCAACAGAUUUUUAAUGAUGUGCCCCAAAGGACCAGCUGAUUCUGGCACCAGAUUGCCUGAGUUUUCUACCAACUGGCAUCUGGGCUGCCGGCAAUCAUUGUCAACUGGCUUUUAGAAGUGAAACACGGUUGCCAACCCAUCUGUAGGACUUCAACAGCAUCAAGGAGGGCAUUUAGAAUUUCGAAUCUGAGUACACCACACCAGCACCAAUUCCCUAUCUAUCCUAGCCACUUAAUGGAAACAAGAUCAAGAGGUAGAGAGAUCACAAGCUAGCUCUAGCAGCGUACCUACCCCUCCUUCAUUUUCUCCAAGGACCAAAUCUAUCCACAUUCUUUCUUCCCCUUCCUUACCCAUUACACUAGGGGGAAGGUUUCAAGGAGCAUAGACUUUUCAAUAUGGAAAUUUAUUUUUUUCUAACUCAAAGCAGGACCAUCUCUAUUCCCAGCUAAGCCACGCAAAUUGCAAAAGCUAUCAGAACACAGCUUAUCAUACAGAUUUAGAGACCAGGGAGGUCAAAUCAGGUCCAAGGAAACAUGAACUGCAGAUGCCAUAGGCCUCAAAUAAGCUGUUAUUCUAGGAUGCAGGUGUUGAUUUAGUUCCCCAGUACAGUUGUUAUGAAGGGAUGAGGGGGUUUACUGUCCUUCACAAUCCAGUUCUUGAAUUUUCUAGCCUUUUGGUACUAUGUUAUCACAGAAUCUCUCCAUGGGGCUAUAGGUCAUCCUCGUUUUGCCUCUUGGGAAAUUAGCAGAUGGUCUUUGCUCUAAAUGAUAUCCGAAUACAUAGACCUGAGGAAUAUCUCUACCACAAUGUCUCAGAAACCAUAUGCAUUGUUCAAGGAGCCUUCAAGCUCCGAUAAUUCAACCUCACCAAGUAUGCUUUCUUUCCAGGACCAUUAAUAUAUUAUUUUACAUUUUAAAUGAGAGGCAGUGAUACUGUGGAGAAUUGAAAUCCACGGAUAGUACAUGACCCCCAUCUUAACACUUCACUCCAUCUUUUAUCCUAUUUAAUCAUUUUUGACAAGAUGUCCUGGUAGAUUACAGAUGAACAGAUUUGCUCCUGAUUAUCUUUUGGUGGAUGUUUUAAUUAGCUGUCCAGAAUCAGGACAACCAAAGUCAAGGACCUAGAUUAACCACAAAGUUGAUUAGCUACUUAGAGGUUGGCUCCAUUAGAAUAAAAAUAGUCAGGGAAUGGGGGAGGUAGGGAGUACUUGGCAGUAGGUAUGUGAUCAACUUUUUAAACAACGUUUUUGUAGAUCCCAUGUUUAAAAAAAUGUGAAUCUCCACCUAAGUGAAAAAUACUUAAAAUAGGUUGAAUUUAUAUCCUGGGUAAGGCAUUGAAGAAGUAACUCUUGAAUGUGUUGGCCAUUCUCUCUAAUGAAUGUGUGGUAUAUAAGGUCACCUGUAAUUGAUGGAAGGCUUUGCUACAUGAAAUUCAAAAAGCAUCUUGCUUUUCUCAGGAACCAAAGGCAUAUUAUACAGAACAAACAAGUCCUCUUAGAACUGUUGAGCGUAUUUUCAAAAUACCAUAACUAGAUCAGGAAAAUACCCUUUUCGCUAGUAUACUCUACUUGUUUAUUCCUUCUAGGGAGCAAAAGACAGAAAGCAUCAAAGUGUUAAUCAUUUAACAUAAUGAUGGGAUAUAAUUUCUGAGAUAGAAGUGGAAGUAGAUGGUCGUCCACCCAGAAUAAACCAGAGGGUUGAUUGGCAUGAGUGGUAUGCAGAAAGAAUCUGCAUUAAACUGUUGAAUAGGAACUUACAGAAAGUACAGUGGAGAGCAUAUGUUGUUAUCCAUCUUGGAGGAUUUUUGUUUUAAACAUCCUAUCCUUUUUUCCUCUUCCCUU